AACCAAAUCAAGUCUGUCUGUUUAAAAAUAGUAGGUAGGCUAUGCUAUAAGGUUAGUUUGGUUUAGAGUCAUUGAAAUAACUUAUGCUGAAUAUAAUAUCUUAACUUAGACUAUGGAAUUAAGCUUGGAAGAGAUAAUAAAGAUAAAAAAGAUCAGAAAAUUGUCUGGAAUCCAGCCUAAAAGGCUUUCAAAUAACAAUAAAGGAGUUGUCAGAGGAAGAGUUAAUGGAAGAAAUGACAAAUCCCAACAACCUCCUCAGGGUCGUGGAAACAUGAAUCCUGGUGGAAAACUAUUGGAUGCCAGAAUGAAGAUAAUUCAGAAGAACCGGCAGCGCAUGACAGAUGCCAGAUAUAAACUCGCAGAGAUUGCCAAACAAACAGACGCAAGGACAAAGAUAAAAAGACAAAAUAUUAACUUUCAGAUUAGAAGACAGAGCUUAAGAGGAAAGCCUAAUGUGAGAGAGAGAUCUAAGCAGAGGGUUUCCAACCAGAAUUUGAGAGAGAAACCUAAGCAGAGGGAUUCCAACCAGACUCCAAUACUAUUACAAAGAUCUAUCAAGAACAAUGUUGCUGCAAACUUAAGAGAUCCCAGUUCAAUGAUAAGAUGUACAAUAAACCGAUCAGCAUCAGACUUUAAUCGCUCUUAUGGAGAGGAGAUGGACAUUGAUGAACCAGUUUCUUUCAGCAGUCGCAAUAACUACGGCGACAUACAAGUGGCCUGGAAGAAUGAAUUCACACCUUACAGCCGUCAGGAAUAUAUCCCUAACCAGAACUAUAUGAUGAGCACAUACGAACAUCCAAUGAUGAGGGAAAUCGAACCGUCUAGGAAUUCACAACGCACAGAACCUCGUCGGAUGAGUCUGGAGAUGAGAGCUCGUCUAGAUACACCACCUCGUCUGCAGCGUCCCCCCUCCCCGUCACCUCCACCACAAGCCCUGGGAUACCGCAUUGUUGUAUCUAACCUGCAUUCAAGCGUUACUCAUGAGGACAUCAAGGAAUUGUUUGAAGACAUCGGUCCACUACUUACUUCACGUCUGGUUCGGGCCGGCACAGCUGAGGUGAUAUACAAGUACCAGAAAGAUGCCAAGAAAGCGGUUGAAGCUUAUCACAACAGACAGCUGGAUGGGCAGCCAAUGAAGUGCUUAUUGGUCAACACUCGCCCCUCCUCGUCACCUUCUUCUAGUGGUCUUAUGAGAUCUAGCAACAUGCCAGCUGCAUCAAAGUUCCCUCACAGUAGCAGAUCUACCGUUGUCCCCGAUCUGAAUGCCAUUCACAAGGCUUUGUUUACACACAAGUGAUCGAUCUCUUCAGCUGAUCCUGUAUCAGAUUAUAGACUAUUUUGUAUCAUGUACAGUGUUAAUUUUGUAUUUUGGUAAGUUUAUAAACACUUAACCUAUACCUAAGUUAAUCUACAGAGUCUUGCAAAAGAAAGUACGUUCAACAAUUCAAAAUAAAAGCUGUGUUGGAUCAUUAA